GCUGUUGGAGGUAACCAUGGCUGGCUGACUUGUUAAUUCUUUCUUCCUUGCAUUUGCCGUUCUUUCUCUCUCUACAAUGCCUUUGACCUUUUGCCAUAUCGCACCCUCUCUCUCACCAACACGCUUCUUCCUCUGCAGCCACGACCACCGUCACGAUUGCACCUUCGCCACGUUACCCUUUUCUCCUGACACCCUUUUCCACCCAACUCAAGAAAAACACCGCCACUCACCUCUCAAUUUCCACCACCUUCACUUAUCUCUUCACAUUUCCCACAUCUCUAGACACUUCUCGUGAUUCCCGUUUUUCUGGGUACCUUUUUUUACAACGCUUUUUAUUCUGUUUCAAACUCGUGCGGUCCUUUUCGUUUGGGUUCUUGUUCUCUGACAAUUCUGUUCCGGGAAAUGUCAGACAUACGUAAAAUGUGAUCAAGAGAUUUGAACCGUGUUUUCGUCACGUUGUAAGGACUAAUCUCUUAUUUGUGAGUCAACUUCACGAGUUUUUGGGAAUUGCGUUGUCGGGUUUCAUGUUUUCUUUUUCUCGGUGGUUUUUGGAUCAUGGGUUUUUGAGGUUUGUCACCUUCUGAUCCCUUUUUCAAUACCAACCCCUUACACUUGAGUUUCUUGAAGUUUGGAAUUUCCCAAGAUCUAAAUGACUUGAAAGUGUUAUCUUUCAAGGACCACUGUGAUGGAACCGGGAACCCCAUUAGAGAGUUCUUCCAAUUUUGACUCUUUAAUGUUUAAUUCAUCAUCACACAGAAGUACCGGGUCCAUUCAGUCCAGGAGUUCUGGUGUUAACAACUCCACCAGGGAAGUGAGUUUUGGCCACUUAGGAUCCAAGCCAGCGAGAUAUGGGUCAACGGGUGCUGAUUCCGAGUUUCUCAGUAUGUCUCAGAAGGAAAUACGUGAUGAGGAUGCAAGGUUGGUCUAUGUUGAUGAUCCUGAGAAGACAAAUGAAAAGCUUGAAUUUGCAGGGAAUUCGAUUCUUACUGGAAAGUACUCCAUCCUCACCUUUCUCCCAAGGAAUUUGUUUGAACAGUUUCAUAGAGUUGCUUAUAUUUACUUCCUUGCAAUUGCCAUUCUUAAUCAGCUCCCUCAGUUAGCUGUUUUUGGAAGGGGUGUUUCCAUUAUGCCAUUGGCCAUUGUGCUUCUGGUUACUGCUGUGAAGGAUGCAUUUGAGGACUGGAGGAGGCACAAGUCUGACAAAAUUGAGAACAACAGGUUCGGAUUGGUUUUGGUUAAUGAUCAGUUUGUGGAGAAGAAGUGGAAGCACAUUAGAGUUGGGGAAGUUAUUAAAAUUAGAGCAAAUGAAACCAUUCCUUCUGAUGUUGUGCUGCUCUCGACUAGUGACCCCACUGGGGUUGCGUAUGUGCAGACUCUUAAUCUGGAUGGAGAGUCUAAUUUGAAGACUAGGUAUGCAAAGCAAGAGACUCAAUCUAAGUUGCCAGAAAAGGAGAAGUUAAAUCUGUUGAUUAAGUGUGAGAAACCCAAUAGGAAUAUAUAUGGGUUUCAGGGUAAUAUUGAAGUUGAUGGAAAAAGGUUGUCUCUUGGAUCCUCUAACAUUGUUCUUAGAGGCUGUGAGCUCAAGAAUACCAAUUGGGCAUUGGGAGUUGCCGUGUAUUGCGGCCCUGAGACCAAAGCGAUGCUCAACAGCUCAGGAGCUCCAUCCAAAAGGAGUCUUCUUGAGACUCGCAUGAACUCUGAGAUCAUUAUGCUUUCUUUCUUUCUUAUAGCUUUAUGUGCAGUGACCUCAGUUUGUGCUGCUGUUUGGUUAAAGCGCCACAAGGAUGAGUUGAAUCUCUCACCUUAUUAUAGGAAGCUGGAUUUUUCAAAGGGGGAAGAGGACAACUAUAAAUAUUAUGGAUGGGGACCGGAAAUUGUUUUCACUUUCCUCAUGUCAGUCAUAGUGUACCAGGUUAUGAUUCCCAUAUCCUUGUACAUUUCGAUGGAGCUUGUCCGUGUUGGUCAGGCAUACUUCAUGAUCGGAGAUUCGAGAAUGUAUGAUAAGGCAACAGAGUCAAGAUUUCAGUGCAGAGCUUUGAAUAUUAACGAAGAUUUAGGCCAAAUUAAAUAUGUCUUUUCUGAUAAAACUGGCACACUGACUGAGAACAAGAUGGAGUUUAAAUGCGCAAGCAUCUUGGGGUUUGAUUACAGUUCAACGGCUGCCAAUCUUGAGAAUGAGCAAGUUGAAUACUCUGUUCAAGCGGAUGGGACGGUCUUUAAGCCAAAGAUGAUGGUGAAAGUUAAUCAAGAGCUUUUGCAAUUAUCAAAGAGUGGAUUUACAAAUGAAGAGGGGAAACAGAUUUAUGAUUUCUUUCUAGCAUUGGCAGCCUGCAAUACCAUUGUGCCUCUUGUUGUUGACACAUCCGAUCCUAUGGUCAAGCUGAUAGAUUACCAAGGGGAAUCACCGGAUGAGCAGGCAUUGACUUAUGCUGCCGCUGCGUAUGGUUUUAUGCUAAUUGAACGAACCUCAGGUCACAUAGUGCUUGAUAUUCGAGGAGAAAGGAAAAAGUUCAAUGUCUUAGGUUUGCAUGAAUUUGAUAGUGAUCGAAAAAGGAUGUCAGUUAUACUGGGGUACAGUGACAAUUGUGUGAAACUUUUUGUUAAAGGGGCAGAUACAUCCAUGCUUAGAUUGAUUGACAAAUCAUUGAACACAGACAUACUACAAGCAACCGAAACCCAUCUUCGUUCUUAUUCCUCUGUGGGUUUGAGGACACUUGUUGUUGGGAUCCGGGACUUAGAUGCUUCAGAAUUUGAGCAAUGGCACACUGCCUUUGAGGUAGCAAGUACUGCUUUGAUGGGUAGGGCAGCUUUGCUUCGCAAGGUCGCUAUCAAUAUAGAGAAGAAUCUCUGCAUAUUGGGUGCAACUGCCAUUGAAGAUAAACUGCAGCAAGGUGUGCCAGAAUCUAUUGAGUCUCUAAGGACUGCAGGUAUUAAAGUAUGGGUCUUGACUGGGGACAAACAGGAAACUGCCAUAUCUAUUGGAUACUCCUCUAAGCUCCUAACGAGCAGCAUGAUUCAAAUUAUAAUUAAUACCAACAAUAGAGAAUCAUGUAGAAGACGUUUACAAGAUGCCCUUGUCAUGUCUAGGCAAAACAUGACUGUGCCUAGGGUUACUCACAAUUCAGGAGGAAGUUCAGGAUCUGUUUUAACUCUAGCCUUGAUUAUUGAUGGUACCAGCCUUGUUUAUAUUCUUGACAGCGAGCUUGAAGAUGAAUUCUUUCAACUUGCAAUUAGAUGUUCUGUUGUUCUCUGUUGUCGAGUGGCUCCACUACAGAAAGCUGGGAUUGUUGCCCUUGUGAAGAAGAGGACAGAUGACAUGACUCUAGCCAUUGGAGAUGGUGCUAAUGAUGUAUCGAUGAUCCAAAUGGCUGAUAUUGGAGUUGGAAUCAGUGGACAGGAAGGUCGGCAAGCUGUAAUGGCUUCAGAUUUUGCAAUGGGGCAGUUUAGGUUUUUAGUUCCUCUCUUGUUGGUACAUGGACAUUGGAAUUACCAACGACUGGGUUACAUGAUAAUAUACAACUUUUACAGAAAUGCUAUCUUUGUUCUUGUCUUAUUUUGGUAUGUGCUCUUUACUGCCUUCACAUUGACAACAGCUAUAAAUGAAUGGAGCAGCAUGCUAUACUCAAUAAUCUACACUGCAUUGCCAACUAUUGUUGUUGGUAUUCUCGACAAGGAUCUUAGUAAAAGGACUCUCCUAAAGAAUCCUCAGCUUUAUGGGGCCGGGCUGAGAAAUGAGGCCUACAACAAAAAGCUGUUUUGGUUGACAAUGGCCGAUACUUUGUGGCAAAGCAUUGCUGUCUUCUUUGCUCCCCUUAUUGCAUAUUGGGGAACCACUGUAGACGUAGCAAGCAUAGGUGACCUUUGGACUCUUGCAGUAGUUAUUUUGGUUAAUUUGCAUCUGGCCAUGGAUGUCAUCAGGUGGAAUUGGAUUACUCAUGCAGCCAUUUGGGGCUCUAUUGUUGCAACUUUCAUAUCUGUCAUGGUUAUUGAUGCUAUACCAGCCUUUCCUGGUUACUGGGCUAUCUUUGAUGUUGGAGGCACUGCAUUGUUCUGGUUAUGUUUGGUUGGAAUUGUAAUAGCCGCAUUACUUCCCAGAUUAGUUGUAAAAUACGUUCACCAGUAUUAUUUUCCCAGUGAUAUUCAGAUUUCAAGAGAAACUGAGAAGUUUGGGAAUCCAAGAGACAAUGGAGGAAGACAGAUAGAAAUGCUUCCUGUUUCAGAUGGUCCAGUAAGAUAGCACAUGUUAGCUUGUUCCCUUUACACGAUAUCUUUUCUUUUGCAAAGUUACAUAUUCUUUAGGCUAAGUCACAGUGUUGCAGUUGGUUGCCAGAUUUCAUUGUUUCUAUCCGAAGGAUGGAGUUUUUGUUCACUUCAGAAGCUUCUUUUGUUGCUAUUAUUGUGUUGAUAUAUUAGCUUGUUGUAAAUUAAAAAUAUUAUAGCAGAUAAAGUACAAAGGUUGAUUACAUGUGAUAGUUUAAAUUUAUACAUCAAGAGUUUUAUUCA